CAGUAGAUCUUCUUGAAGUACUAAUUCUCUAGUGAGGUGGAUUUAAGUGUCUAAAAGUUCGGCUCUCAUCCCCAAACCACCUUGUAUAACUUGCUAUAUAAUUUAGUUUGAACUAUUUACAACCAUAACUGGUUUCUUUAUUCUGAUUCGCAGGAAAUUUAUUUUAAUUGUUUUCUUUGGCUGCAAUCUUAAAUUUAGCUUCCCUAUAAUUACAGUUUGUCCGUGAAUUUCAGUAAUAUUACUCCUGUUUCAGUCUGAUAUAUAUAUAAUGAAAAAAAUCAGCAUACGAACUAUGUCAGUACAUGGACUUAGAAACGAAAACUUUUUUCUUAAAGUACAACUGAUUUAACUGUACGGAAAUCGUUCGCAUCCAGAAUGGCUGACAGUAUUCCAUCUGGUCCGGAACUGAUAACUUCGUCUGUCGAUUCCUAUUCUUUGACGAAUGCGCUACUGACUACGUUGACACCUGUAAUUAACAAUGAAAGCAACAAUGAAAGUAUUCUUGGUCCAACAAGAGAUCCCCCAUCAACGGUGAUUCCUAUGACACUGAUCUACACUGUUAUUCUUGUCACUGGGGUAGUGGGCAAUAUUUGCACGUGCGUGGUCAUCGCUAGAAACAAAUACAUGCACACUGCUACUAACUAUUAUCUUUUCAGCCUAGCAGUAUCUGACCUUCUUUUGCUUAUCUUGGGUCUGCCUCAGGAAAUGUAUCAGUUGUGGCAGCGAUAUCCUUACAUCUUUGGUGAGUUUUUCUGUAUCUUUCGAGGAUUGACAUCAGAGACUUCUACUAAUGCCUCUAUUUUAACCAUCACGGCUUUCACAGUAGAACGGUAUCUGGCCAUCUGCCAUCCACUCCGGGCUCAUACAAUGUCAAAGCUGUCUCGAGCUAUUAUGGCCAUCAUAAUUAUCUGGCUAGUCAGUGCUAUGUGUGCCGUGCCCUUGGCUAUCCAGUUUGGUAUUGUCCACGUUUUUUGCACUUUAAAAUCGCCCUUGAGUCACGCUUUUGAAAUCUCAACUUUUCUCUUCUUCAUUCUUCCCAUGACGCUGAUUACGGUGUUAUACGUUCUCAUCGGUGUAAAGCUGAGGAGGUCAACUGGACUAGAUCGUAGUGAAACCACCUCCAACACUUUAAAUGGGGCAAAAUCACAGACAAGGCAGUCUGUGAAAGGUUCUAGUCAGUCUUCCCGCAGAGCUGUAGUGAAAAUGUUAGUUGCUGUGGUGGUAGCUUUUUUCAUCUGCUGGGCACCUUUCCACGCCCAGCGUUUGAUGGCUAUCUAUGUGACGGAACCAACUCCAACAGACAAGAAAGUUUAUGACGUUUUGAACUACAUUUCUGGCGUUUCAUACUACUUCAGCGCCACUAUCAACCCUAUCCUGUACAGCAUCCUCUCUUUAAAGUUCAGACAAGCUUUCAAAGAUACAAUAACGAAAUGUAGUGGUUGCCGACAAGGAAGGAGUGGUAAGUUUAACUACCUGUCUCGCUUAAACAGCACCUAUCGUUCUACAGCCUUUGAAGCCACUGACGUCACAGUAGUAUCAGCAUACCCACAUCGCAAUCACAUGUUAGAUGUCAGAAAUCCUCAAGGUCUGACUGAAGUAAACCUGAUCCCUGAGGAAAUCCAGGAAACUACCUUCAAUACUCCGGUUAUAUCGAAGUCAACGGUUUAGAUGACAUAUAAAGAAAUGGAUUUCAACAGAGUUCAUCUCUGUUCACCAUCACCAAACAACUCCAUCUACAGUGUGAUAAGAGCAAUGAAGGGUGUGUUCCUUUAGGUCGAUCUUUUAUCAGAUCUAUGUAUUAUUUUUCCUGUUUUGACUAAUGUCGUGUUUAUUAAGAAAUCCGGUCUUCUUUUCGUAGCCAUUGACUUAUCAUUCCAAUCUUCGCUUUCAUUGAAUUUCCAAACUCUGUGUAUAAUUGUUUCCACGAUUUUGUGUACUAUUUGAAAAUAUAAGCAUGUAAACAGUUAUAAGCAAGUAACUUUCGUGAUUAUAAGAGUAAUAUAUAACUGUAUCUUAAACUCUGCUGUUUAAAAAUUAUCUGUCAGAUGUAUAUAACAGUCAUGUU